CGUCCGCCCGACGAGGUCGUAGCGCCAACGAACUCCUCCAAAAACUAACUCCUCCCGUUAAGUGUCCUGUCAGGUUUAGGCCCCAAACAGCCAAACCCCAGCACCGGAACGACAAAACCCCAUCAGACGCCAAAAUGCCCCGCCGCCUCACGACGACCUACUCCGGCCGCAUCGCCGCCGCGACGCCAUCCCCCUCCGGCCCCUCACUCACCGUCACCGUCUCCCCGACCACUCCCCCGACGCCGCACGACCCGCGGGGCCAUCCGCUCCCGCGCCGCCACCUCAUCUGCGCCGCCGCCCGCAUCCUCCGCUCCCCCGCCUCCCCCUCCCCGUUGGCCGACCUCGCGGACUAUCUCCGCUCCCUGCGCCUCACGCUGACCGCCUCCGAGGCCUCCGAGGUUGUCAAGGCCCUCUCCCCCGACCCCGCCCUCGCGCUCGCCUUUUUCCGCUUCGCCGCUGCCUCCCUCCCGGGCUUCCGCCAUGACGCCUUCUCAUACAACCGCAUCCUCGCCCUCCUCUUCCGCAGCAAGGCGGACCCUGGCGAGGCGCUGCGGCUCGUCGCGCAGAUGGAGCGGGAUGGCGUGGCUGGCAACAUCUCCACGGUGAAUUUGUUGGUCGGGAUGGGUGGAGGAGGCGUGGAGGUGGCUAGGUGCCUAGAGCUGGCCAAGAAAUGGGGCCUGAGGCUUAACGGGUACACCUAUAAGUGCAUCGUGCAGGCGCAUUUGAGGAGCAGGGAAGUGUCCAAGGGGUUCGAGGUGUAUGAGGAAAUGCACAGAAAGGGGUACAAGCUGGAUAUAUUUGCGUAUAACAUGCUGCUUGAUGCUCUUGCCAAAGCUGGAAUGGUUGACCAAGCUUACCAAGUCUUCGAAGAUAUGAAACAAAAGUACUGUGUGCCAGAUGCAUACACAUAUACUAUACUGAUUAGAAUGUCUGGGAAGACUGGGCAGACCUAUAAAUUUCUCUCAUUUUUUGACGAAAUGGUGUCAAGAGGAUGUGCUCUUAACCUCAUUGCCUAUAAUACUGUUAUUGAGGCUCUUGGUAAGAACAAGAUGGUGGACAAGGUAAUUUUUGUACUCUCCAAAAUGAUCGAGAGUGACUGCCAGCCCAAUCAGUUCACUUAUAGCCUUACACUGGAUAUUUUGGCAACGGAAGGGCAAUUGCACAGACUAAAUGAGGUUUUAGAUAUCUGUGAUAGAUACUUGAACAAAUCAAUUUAUUCUUAUUUGGUUAAGUCGCUUUGCAAAUCUGGGCAUGCAAGUGAGGCACACAAUGUGUUCUGUCGUAUGUGGAACUCACAUGAAAGUGGAGACAGGGAUGCUUUCAUAUCAAUGCUUGAGGUGUUAUGCAAUUCAGGCAAAACAUUAGAGGCUAUUGAUCUCCUACAUAUGAUGCCUGAAAAAGGGAUCGAUACAGAUAUUGGCAUGUACAAUAUGGUCUUUUCAGCUCUUGGAAAGCUGAAGCAGGUCUCUUUUAUAAGCACUCUUUUUGACAAGAUGAAAGCUAGUGGGAUUGCUCCCGAUCUCUUUACCUACAACAUUAUGAUUUCAAGUUAUGGUAGAGUUGGUUUAGUUGAUAAAGCAUCUGGGUUGUUUGAAGAAAUGGAGGCUAGCAGUUGUAAACCUGAUGUCAUCACCUACAAUACUUUGAUAAACUGUCUUGGAAAAAAUGGAGAUCUUGAUGAAGCACACAUCCUUUUCAAAGAGAUGCAGGAGAAGGGAUAUGAUCCUGAUGUCUUCACUUACAGCACACUGAUUGAGUGCUUUGGGAAAUCCAAUAAGGUUGAUAUGGCCUGCAGCUUAUUUGAUGAGAUGAUUGCAGAGGGAUGCAUCCCUAAUAUUGUAACUUAUAACAUUUUACUUGAUUGUUUGGAGAGGCGUGGGAAGACAGCAGAAGCUCAUAAACAUUACGAGACUAUGAAGCAGCAAGGAUUAACUCCUGACUCGAUUACCUAUUCAAUACUUGAGCGUUUGGAAAGUAGAUCUCAAAGAACAGCAAGAAUACGUAAGCCAUCCCGAGUUACAAGUUGGGUUGUCAGUCCAUUAAGAUGACGAUGGCAAGGAUCUACCCUGAUUUUUCAUGUCAUGCACCUUCUGUGAUGUGCAGCUUUGUACAAUGUUGCAAAUGUAUUACAAUGAACCAAUGAUACCAAACAAUAUGUCUGUUUUCAGUCUCUUCUUUGGAAUGAUAGUCAGGGAUACCUUGGUCAAGCAUAAUGUAGAUAUGUGGGUUUAUGCAGUUUCAAGAUUUCCAAAAUGGCAACUGUAAUUCAGACAUCCUGUCUAACUGACACAAGUUGGAAGAUUCAUCAGGUCAGAAAGAGACAAAUAGGUGGCUUUUGAGGUUGUUCGAUUAAAGGAUGCUCUUCAUAGUAAAGUUAUGGGAGAUAUUGAAGACAUUUUGUACGAGGCAAAACCAUGGAUUACCAUGCCUUCGUGGGGUGUGAUGAUGUGUUCCACCCCGCAAUUCCCCCACGUUGCCUUGCAAGGGACGACUUCAGGCCCCAACGGCCUUAGCUGGUGUGCCCUUAAAUGGAGCCUGGAGGCCCUGCAGCUGGGAGAAGUCAGAUCUGAGCAACUGAGCGAUAAAUGAGAACAGCAUAGCAAAAUCAGGGUGGUUGCAGUUACCUGGAUAACAUACAUAAGAACAGUGUGAGGAACCAUAUGCGUACUAUAAGUUACAAGGAAAUGGCUUAAAGAAUAUUCUCCACUUAGUGCUGGAAAAGGGAACACGUCUUGGCACCGAAUGACCUUGACAGGCUUUGAUCUUUUACAGUAUGUAAGUACUCAGUAGGUUCUGCAUCCACCGUAUUGUUCCAAGUUGAUCAACUGCGUUUCUUGCUCAUCAUUCUUCUAAUUUGUCUACAGUAAGAUCUUGGUGGGAUAAUACCAGCCAUUAUGUUUGAUUGGAUGGCCAACUUUUUGGACAUGUGCCAACAUAUGGUCAUGGCCAUGUCUUGAAAAAUGUGGGAGCAGCCAGAGAAUUAUUCCAACACAAGUUAAAUUAUCUCAUACAAAACCAUUUCAGGAUUUCUCAAUCCAAAGGAUUGAACUAUAUACUGAAUCAUUUCUUUGAGUUAGAUUCAUCCUUUGUUUUACAGAAUCAAAGCCAGUACGUAGAUGUGAUGUGAGUAGUGACUAGAUUUUAGGUGAUCAUCAGAACACCACCAAACACAUCCAUAUCUCAUUAUGGUGUCUUUGAUCACUGAAAGAAAACAUCAUUGCCAUAGAUGUGAGUAGUGAUUAACUUAGAUGCUUAAAUUUUGGUGAAAUCCCUCCUAAAGAUAACUUUGACCAACAUAUUUUCUAAAAGUUAAAUCUAACGGCUAAAGAAAUAAGUUGAAUGUCUAAAGCUGUGUUUUAGUUGCACACUUGAUCCUUCCAUAACACCACAACAAUUAUCCUUUACAACCGAUCUUUCCAUAUCAUGAGUAUACAACCACCAGAGAAAGCUAUCUAGCUUCCUUCAAGGUGAAAUCCUGUGAUAUAAAAAACAGACUAGUCCCUUGUAAAAUCUGGUAAUAUAGCACUCAGUCUGUUGAUUUACCUUUUCUAAGCUUUUCAGAUUUUGGAGUAACUUGCUGGCUUCUCGAAUCUGCUUGUUGGCCAUUGAUGAAGCGCAUUGCAUAUCGGAAUGGGGUCAUGAUUUCAGGUUGUUUAUUCUUCUAUUGUACGCUAAUAAAAGGUGUUCUGCUUGGUUGCGAUGGAAAAGCCUCUCUCUUAGCCCUGAGCACAUGGGAGAUGAGAAAGUCAAGGUUCUUGCACCUGUUAAGUUCAUCAGACUAUACCGGGAAUUGCAGUGCUACUUAAUAGGAAAUCCACCUUUGGAUUUCUGGUGUAAUUUAGUGCAUACUUAUUGAUUAAUUUUGUUACAAAGUGCUUCCUAUUGUUUCAAAUGGUGUUUAUUGUUAUAGAUAAACAUGUCACACUUGGUUGGCCUACUUUUAUCUGGCGCGGCAAAGCGCGCUUAUUCAUCUAGUUUCAUUUAUUUGUAUAGUGAGUAGUGAAUAGGACAGUCUGGUCAGGCCUGUCAUAUCUGUACCAUGAGCCAAAGUUUGAUUCUCUCUGAUGAAACAGACCACACUGUCAGCUCUUGUUUACUCCUUGUUUCAUUAAUUGCAAACAAUCACUUGGUGCAGGCCUUUACAACUGAAGAAUGAAGAACUGUUCAAAUAGAAGAAAGCAUGUAGGUACAAAAUACUACGUGCUUAUACUGAUUGAUCAAAAGUGGAGGUGAUUUUCCAACAACUACAGAUGACUACAUUGCUUUGGUAAGUUAUUUGCCCAUGGAAAUAAAAUAUAAGGAAUAAUGUAUUAUCCGGUAAAAUAUGUCUAUGUAGCCUUUUUUCCUUUGGAAUAACAUACACUUUUUUUGUAAUGCAUGUAUUUUCUCCUGGUCUUUUUGUCCUGCCUCAUGUGUUUUGGAAUAAUCACACGUCUAGAUGAAAUAGAUGGAAAACAUACUCUUCAGGCAAGACAUGGGUGUAUGCAUGAACUUAAAAAAAAUCGAAUGUAAAAUUUAUUUUGGAA